AUGAAGCUAACCUGCCGUGAUCUGGGUGCUUCGAACAAAUUUGAUUCUUCGACAAAUGCAGAUGAACCAUCUUCAGAAAGACAACGCAGCCAUUCCGUCAUCAGUUUGAGCUUGCUUAAUGAGAAGGGUGAAAAGGACCUACUUGAGAUUGAUGAGGCUGAUUCUGAAGGUGCAGACACAGCGGAAUCAAGGUCCUCAGGUAUGUAAACAAAUACAUCCCAAAAAUUAAUUUAAUUUAUUCUCAUUAAAUUUCAUUAUUUAUGUGUGUAUUAUGAAUGUAUUUAUGCAUGUAUUUAUUUAUGUAUGUAAGCACUCUACUUCGAGGGAUCGUGCUUUCACUUGUGCCCACUUUGCGGAUUGCGAAAUGUUUGACUCGUGCGCAUUCUUUCAGUUGAGCGGCAAAGUCUUACCUUGAAAAUCAAAUAAACCAGGAAAAUUAUGUGCAACUCAAACGAACAUUCAAAACCUUUAAAUCAUUUCAAGAGUUAAUUCAGACGUGACACAGCAUUCCAGUUAACAGGUUAUGAACACUUUCAGAGGCCGCAAAUAUUGGACGUCUUCAGACAUUUUUCAAAGAUAUCUUCUCAGUCACCAAAAAGAAAACAAAGGGGAGCAUCCAGAAAUGCCUGACAUUUGAGAUGGAAAAGCUCUUAGACAGAAACGUGAACGUCUUAUUACAGAUUAGACAUUUUCGCGUUUUGGCCUGCCAUGUGAAGCAGACUGUUUUAUGUUGUAAUUUUUUUCUUCAAACAUGGUAAAGGAAAUUUCAACAUGAAAAUGUGAUUUUAACUUUAGUCCCGGAAUUUCGAGUACGAAGUCAUUCUAUCACCGAACGAAUUAAUCGACGAAGAAGCACCCUUUUUGCUUUCGAAAUAAACCGACUUUCUGCGGCUGGUCGAGAAGAAGAAUUGCUUCAGCUUCUUAAGGAACAUUCACAGCUCGUUCAUACAAUCCGUCUUUGGAGCAAAAUUGGUAAAGCCUAUGCAAUACUUAAUGAACAUUGUUGAUUUGCGACAGUAUACUUUUUUUAAUAAUGCAGUUUUCAGCCAAAAAAUCCAUGAAACUCAUGAUCCAACACGAGUGCAAUAAAAAUAAUGUAUUUUUGGUUAAAAGUAACAGUUAUGACAAGCUCUUGAAUUUUCUGAAAGGCAUAAGUCAUGGCUAGUUAGUUGCUUUGUGAAAUCACCUAAUUAACUUAAAAGAACACUUGGUUUCAGCUGACCAAAUAAUAAAGUCCCUGUCUCAAAGUGAUGUGAAAUGGCAAAUAUUGCUACCCUGUGGAAUAUUCGAAGAAAACUCCAAAAUGUAAUAUGUGUCUAUAAGACUAGGGCAAUCAAAAAUGAUCACCGUUAUCGCUGGCAAUAUGCAAACCAUUGGAUGAAUAUCAAAAUUUAUUUACUGAUAUGGCCUGGCAUAUACUGAGAGGGAAACCACUCCUUAAGUGUACAAAUACUUUAUAUUAUGUGUGUUUUUAUGGUCACUAGCGUUAUUUAGGCUUUGAAAGUUCAUUAUUUUGUUGAUCAGCAAGGCUCACACUCAUUAAUCUGUACUUUGAGAAACAUUUGAGGGGCAAGCUUAGUUGUUCAUGAUCUGCUUGUAUUCAGUUUUAUUUUUGGGACUCGCAACACAAGUAAUACAAUCCGUAUCUGCUUUACUGGUUGGAUUAAUUCAAAUACUGUAUGUCCGCUCGGGAGGCAGUCUAUUUUCUGUAGUUUAGAAUCCUCAAAGAAAUAAAAAGAUGCAGGUUUUGUUUGAAAGUACGUAGAUUUUAAUAGAUUAUUUUAAAUGGAAGUAUGCCCACCUUUAAGCAACUUGCCUAAAGAUGCACUGACGUACAAAACAAGAGGAGAAUUGUCAGUUGUUUGAGCUUUUCUACUGUCCCCUAUGCCGAAGCAUAUGGAAUUACUGAAAAUAAAUAAUAAAUGCAAAUUAAAUAAAAGACUGUUCUUUAAAGUAAGAUUUCAACCCAUAACUAGAAAAAUUCUAUUUCAAAGGGCGAAAUGUUAUUGUGUUGAAGAUUAUAUAACAUUACGCUUCCCAGUGAGCUCUUUAGGAAAGUCACCAGUGCUAUUCUUUCAGUUUAAUAGAACAUUGGUGAAAGCUUCAUCAAACGUUUAGGCUUAACUAGAUUCCAUAUAGACCAUAUAUGUUGCUUGCUUACCGGCCUUGUCUGAGUGAAACAGUUAUCUUAAGUUUUACUGGUUUUUUUGCUCACUUGAGCCCCGUUCAUUCACGCAAAUUUGUCCUCAGUAAACGAUAGCUCAGUUUUCCGACUUUUUAGAUCAGAUAAUUUCAUUUCUUGAGGAGGAGUUUGAUGCUUGAGGAUUAAAUCAGCUUAAGGAAAUUGAAGAAAUAGUCAUUAUUAAAGGGUGCGUGAAAAAACAAAAGUAUUGAGGAUUACAACAUAUGUUCGUGAUAGGCAGAUCACAAUCAUCUGCAAAAAAAGAAAAAUCCUGUAAGUCAGAAGCCUUCACUGAAACUGAUCCACAAGAGAUUACAAGGGGUAAGUAAGGAAACAAUCGUCAACCUGUGCUAAGAUUGUCAGACAGUCAACCGCUCAUAUGAUAAGUGUGGCAAGUCAAUCCAAACUGCAUGUCUGAACAGGCCUAGGUCUUUUGCUUUUCAACUUCCCAAACCCAUAAAGAUGAACCGCAUAUGCCAACCUAUCAAUUAACUAAUAUUACGUUAUUUUUACAUACAGGAAAAUCAGAAAACAGGUAUGCCAUUUAUGAAAACUAACUCAUUCUGCAGUUAAACAUGUUCGUAUUACAUCAACGGUCAAGUGCGCUGUAUUAACAAAUCACAUAUUCAUAAGUUAAAGCCUCAUGGUGACUAAUUAAAAAUUAGCCUUCGACAAGGCCGCUGUAAGCAAUAUUUAUGGGCACUGACGAAACUAAAACCACACUGCUUAAUUUAACAAAAGACUUUCUAUGUUCGCUAUUUCCCACAAACCCGGCGCAAGCAGAGACGAAAUAAUUACUAUGUUUACUUAAUUAGCACUCCUCUGUUGAGGACAAUUCAUCUUAUAAAUUAUCUGCCGUUUAUCUAGUGUUUAUUUAGUUAGCACUUCUCUGCUAGGAACAAUUCAUCUAGUGAACACUUGGUUGCGCUGCGCUGACCACGAGUGACAUUUAUCUGUCAGCUUUUAUUGCGCGAAGGUGAUGAGGACUGAAAAUAAAUUUUAUUGUCCACAGCACAACAGGGUUCUGCGGACAGUUUUGACGUGCAAAUGCCCACUUACCACAAGCAAACACAAUCGAAUAGGAUUGAAGAUUUUCAGUCGACGUAA